ACUCGUGGGCACCUGUUCUGUGGUAACUAGGCAACAGACGCUUUGUAGGACCAACGUUAAAUUUUCUUGAGAAGCUUUUCUUGAAGAUUCGUGGAUUUACGAAGAAAAAAAAACAGAAAGUUAUCGUCCAAAACGAAAAAGUGUGAUCAGACAUCAUGUCUUCUCCUGAAGAGAGCAGGAGGACAACAGGAGAGACAGAAAAAACUGAGGCUGAGAAAGUCCAAGAGAUUGGACAUUCUCAAGUUUACUCUUCAACCAAAGAAACACUUUUCCCAAAGACGACGGCUCAAACUAAAAUACAUGCACUGGUGAGUUUUUACCAAAAGUAUAUUUAGAAAAAAUGUACACCACCUUUUGUUUAUUGUGUUGCCUUAAAAAAAUCCUUUUAUGAAAAAGAUAUCUUAAAACAGACUUUUAACAACACUGAAUAUUUUCUCUUCACUCAGUCACUGGAAUGGAUGUUUGGAAGAGAGCCAACCCUUCCCGUCUUUUGUCUGCAAGACCAUGAUCAGCUGGUGGUCCUCUAUGCUGGAGCUCAUGUUGGAGUCAUUUACAAUCACACUGUAAACUCCCAGCAUGUUCUUCAGGUAAAACGUGUUCAGUCAGAUUUUGAGGUUUUGAGAGAAAUGUAUUUGAAAAUGGGGAUGGGACAUCACCAGAUGAUUUCACUGGUGCUGUAAAGCCACAUACAACUCUUUAUAACAAUAUGAUGUUAUCUUCUCAGGGUCACUGCUCCCCCAUCUCAUGCAUGUGUCUGAGUGAGGACAGACGCUGGAUAGCAACAGCUGAUAUGGGCUUGGAAAGCACAGUCAUCAUAUGGGACUCCUACUCUGGGUAUCCCUUGUUUUUUCAUGCAUUAAGGUAUUUUUGUUGAUUUAAUUCAGCCUUUAAUGAUCCCACAACGUCUGAUAAAUAUUCCAGCAUCCCUGUACAUACACUGUUUGAUUGCCACCCCAAGACGGGAGUGGUAGCAAUGGCAUUUUCGAGCGACACAAAACAGCUGGUGACCCUGGGGGCUGAAGACGAUCAGGUGAGUUUGGCAGCAUGAAAGGUAAUGUGGGAGGAAAAAUCUAUAUGUAGUUUGACUACAUGAAACCCACAGGCCUCACUUGACUUUUUCUGAUACAUUCAGAGUGUGCCCCUCUCUGAAAUGUUGAACUUGGAAGCUUUCAGUCAUUAUGUCAUAUGAAAUACUAAUCUAAAUAUACAUGGUUUAUUGGGUUUCAUAGAAUAACAGUUUGAGUCAAUAGUAAUUGAAGUUUCAAAAUGUAUGCAGCAUAAGGUGUGCACAUUUGAUCAAGUAGUGGUUGGUAAUGUAAUUGAUUUCUAGUUAACAAAAAAUAUUCAAUAAUUCUGUCUCCAUCUUGUGGUAAUGUUUUGACAAAAUUACAAUCAUCUCACAGCGCAUAUGUAUUUGGGAUUGGACAAAUGAGUCUGAAAGGCCUUUGUGGUUUACUGAACUGAAUCCUGGAUAUGGUUUUCAAGUAAGUUUCUAUCAUCUUAGAAACUAUUAAAUGUCAAAUUAAUGUAAAGCUGAUUUACAGAAGUUCAAAUACUUAAAUGUUGGUUUGUUUUUCAGAAAUACAUCACUUUUAAUCCAAAUGAUAGCAGUCAGCUGCUCAGCAGCAGUAACAGCCAGGUGUUAUUUCACAGCACAGUAAGUUGAAUUGACUUUUUUAUGUUGCUUAAUUAGAAAUAAGACCACGUAUUGUCUACUCCAAUAUUCACCUGGUACUUUUCAGGCCCAAGGAAGUCUGCAAACACAUGCCCUGAGGUUUGACCAGGUAAAGAUCAUGACAUUUUAUAAAGGAUGAUGUCAGACUGUUAAUACUAAUCAGAUGAAAAUAAGUAUGUUGAUUAAAAUAGUUCACACUAUUCCUUUUACAUUUAUUUUUUACAGUUUGGUAUUCCAGUGGGCCCUCAGUCCUCUCCUGGUAUCUCUAAAACUGGGAACAUUUUUAUAAACUCUCUGUUUCACUGGAGAGAGCCUCAGGUUGUAACAGCAACUGCAGACGGCAACGUUGUGGUGUGGGAUUUGAUGGAAGACUCUGAUACCAACCAAGGCCUCCCCAGAGUUCACAUCCUUUCACUUCAGAAACAUCCAGUCACCGCUUUUACUGUGACCGAGGGGUAGCUGGCUACAGAUAAAUCCAUCAUCAAGUGUUUAUUGAACAAAAGUGUAUUCACUGGUAUUGAUUCUUCAUUUUUGUGUUUCUUUUAACCUCUCAGCUGUUUUGUUACCGGUGAUACUCAAGGCCAUAUCAGGUUUUAUGAUGAAAACUUCAAGAUUCUCGCUGAGUACACUGAAUUGAACUUGGGCGCCGUUUUUUCAAUUUCCUUCUCCAAAGAAUGCACAGAGGGGUACCUGGAAGACUGCCUUCUGACAGCAAAACCAUUUAUCUUCAGGUAGAAAAAAAGAUAAACUAUAGAAUAUGUUCCGCCCAAGUGUUCAAUGCAUUUUGUAAAGCUGUCUUCUUCUCCUUUUGCAGGAAUUUUGUUGUAGCUACGUUCAGUUCCAGAGUUGUACAUGUAAAUGCACAAAAAGGCAUCCCUCAGCUUCUCCUGGAUGAGGAUUGUGCGCCCCUACAUGCAGUGGCAUGUCACCCCCAACAGCCUGUUGUAGCCAUGGGAAAUGACAGGGGUGUUUUGCAGUUGUGGGACUACAGUAGCAAAGAGAUCAUCUGCAGGAGGGUGUUUGAGACAGAGAAGCAGAUACAGUGUGUCACUUUUGACCCCAGUGGUGAGCCAGUAUUCUUACAAGAAAUAUUACGUUGAACCAGUUUACCCCAGCCAAUACAUGAGUUUGCAAUAUUGUCAUUGAAUGUACUGAAGAGACUCACUUUUUUUUAAUAGGAUUAUACCUGGCAGUCGGCUUUGGCAGUGGAUCAGUUUACAUACUGAAUCCUCAGACUUUACAGUGUGAUCCAGAGGAGUGUUUUCAAUACAGUAAAGCCAGCAUCCAUCACAUGACUUUCUCAACAGACUCUAAGUAUCUUGCCACAGCAGUGAGUAUAAUAUAACAUUCACAAUUCAAGUGUAGCAUACCUAAAGUAUUGUCUGAAUUUUCAGUCAUGGCCAUAGUUUAUGAUUCUAAGGCCAGUCAAUACUCUCUUUAACAUUUUUUGCAUGUUUAAUUUUCUUGUUUUCUUUUAGGAUGAUGGAAAAGCAGUGACCGUGUUCCGCCUGCAGACUAAUACAGACUCCUCGCCUCGUUGGACAUAUUUGGGUAGAUAUCAGUCUCACUACAAGCCCAUCAUAGACCUCCUUUUUGGUGUUCACCUGGACAGUACCCAGCCCAGACUGCUGUCUCUGGGAAUGGACCGCAGGCUGGUGGGUGUGCUUUGGUUGAUUUUUCAGUGCUUGUGAUGCUGCCUCUAUGCCACUUAACUGCACGCUCUCCUCUCUGUGAAUGUGUUGGGCUUAAUUCUAGGUGGAGUACGAUUUGGAAAACAGUGAAGUGCAUAAGCUUGUCAUCUUAAGCUCUGAGCGCGUUGAGCAAAGUGCUGUGCCGAUGUGCAUGACUUGGUACCCUCCCUUCAGUGCAGAGCAGUUUCUUCUUGUUGCCUCAGAUCAGUACAAGAUGAAGCUUUUCAACAGCACCACCAAGAUGUGCAGGUCUGUGAAUGACUGUAACAAUAAUUUAUUACUUUAUUUCAUCAUUUCUCCAACUCUUGCACUAAUAGCAAUAUAAUCUGUGUAAUCCUAUUAAAACAGAAAGACUCUACUUAGUCCUACAUACGGCUCUCCUGUUAAGAAAACAGUCGUACUUCCUGUGUCCAAAGAGCCGGAUACAAACCUGUAUCACCUGGCAUUCAUCACAGACAACAAGGUCAGAGCUGUAACUCUAUUGUCUCAAUUUCAUUUCAUAAUCUGCUUCAUUUUUUAAGUAUUUCAUAGAAUCAUCUGCCUGUUAAAUCCAAAGUUGUCUUUUAGAAAAACAAACAAAAGCCAAGACUGGUCAGGAAAAAAAAGUUUUAUCAAUGUCCACAUCUAUAAAUGUUCAACUUGCAGCUUUUGCUCAUUUGAUUUCUCACCUGCGUUCAGUUGAGAGUACAGCUAGCAAGGUGGAAAUUAAAAUAUUUAACAAUCUGGGUUUGUUAUAAUUAUUAGAUGUAGUCAUGUUUAAGCUAAGAUUUGGCAAGCAGACAUGGUUGAUAUUACCUCUGAAACUGUGUUGUAUGUCUAGUUGGGUCUCCAGAUUUUGCCACUGGAUGGGAACCCCUACAAGUCGAAUGCUCUGAUCUGCCAUCCGACCGGAGUGUCUGCUUUUGCCUGUUCCUAUGACGGACGAUUUAUUUUCACUGCGGGAGGAUCUGACUGCACCACCCUGGCUUGGGAGACAAACUUAGAGUAAGGUUAAAUAGCAUCCUCAUGAAAACCAGGGGGAGUGCAUGAGCUGGUGAUAAUCCUGUUUUACUGCGUAUUCAGUGCACUGAAGGCAGCAGCUGCUCUAGGAGGAAAGGACCUUGAACCCUUUUACAGUCUUUUAGAGGGAGGAAGAGAUGGCAACUUCUACAAGGUGAAAAAAAAUUUCAUUUGCAUUAGGAGCGUGUUUCCUAUUCCCCAUUCUGACGGAAGAUUCUUGAUUAUCUUAACUGUGCCAUCUUUAGGAAAUGGAAGAGUUCUUCUUUUUCUGCCAAAUGUGUCACCAAGGCAUCGACACAAUGGAGAAAAGACAAGUGUCAAACAAGGUCCCUCUGUCAGAGGUGCCGUCUCUCAUGAGAGCUUUGGGCUAUUUCCCCACAGAGCAAGAGGUCCAGUGUUUGUCUGACAGUAAUAUCAUCACAUACGACUGUUUUCACAUCUCCAACCCAAACUCACAAACUGCUAAAUUUUUUUUUUGAACAGAUAGAGGAUAUCCACAAUGACGUCAAGUUCAGCAAGUAUGCAGAAACGGGGAAGUAUGUGACAGAUAUUGACCUGGAAGAGUUCAUCAAGCUGUUUGUAAACCACCGACCCGCCUUUGGCAUUACUAGCACUGAGCUUGCCCAGGCUUUUCAGGUCCUUGGUGGCUGUGAUGGUACAGGACAGACCACUCUGCAGAGACAUGAGCUGCUAAAAGUCCUGCAAACUAGAGGUAAACUGCAGGCUGUUCAGAUUAAAAUGAUCAGUCUGACCUUUUUUUAGUCGUGUUAGUGUCACCUGACUGAGAAAAAUGUUGAUGUCCUGUCCAAUUGCCCAACAUUUUGAAGUGUAAUUUAAUAUAAUUUUAAUAGGAGAACACAUGACUGAGGAGGAGGUGGCUGAGUGUUUUACUACGCUUUUGAAGCUCAAUAAGGAAAGAGGGGAAGAAGAAGAAAAGGAGGAGGAGGAAGAAGGUAAAAGGAAAUAAAUGCAGUAAAUCUAGGGGCGUGUACAAAAGUUAUUACUUCCCGAACAUGAUCCGGUGAUUUUUUAUAACAUCUGAUAAACACCUUUGUGUGGGUUUGUAGGUGGCGAUCCAGAAUAUUCAUGGCAGUGUGCCAUACCUGAUGAGAUAUCUUUGGAGACAUUUACAGAUGACAUCCUGGGCUUCCCUUCUUCUACAGAGAAUCAAACAGGUCUUCCCCACCAAAGUGAUGAGAGCAAAAGGCUGUCUGCCAGUGAAGGAGAGGAUGAUUUGACUCCUACUUAGAUAAUAUCCACAUGACACAAUACAUUGCAGCACCAACAGUGUCUGGUCUACUAAAGACCAAUCUAAACAAA